UCACUGAGAAAAAGACCUUACACAUAUGUAACCACAUGCUGAUUAUACUUAUAACAAAUUUCAUUCUCAGAAGCUGUGUGAAGGAAGAAGAACUCCUGAAAUGGAGACACCAUUAGUGAGCCAGAAGUUUACUUCAGAAUCUGACUAUUCUGCAGUGAAAAGGUUGAAGGAUGUUAAAUUUGUAUUGUGGACAGAGACAGUGAAGAUAUGGAAGAUAGCUUUGCCAGUGGCAUUGACCCAUCUCUUUCAGUUCCUCACAAACUCCUCAACUUCCAUCUAUGCUGGUCAUCUAGGUGACAUUCAACUCUCUUCAAUCUCUGUUAGCCAAGGUGUUCUCAGUUCCAUCUAUUUUUACUUGCUGUUUGGUAUGUCAUCUGCACUGGCAACACUUUGUGGCCAAGCUUUUGGAGCAGGGCAGAUUGUUUCUACUUGCAUUUAUGUUCAAAGGUCAUGGAUUAUACUCACCAUCACUUGCACAAUUCUCUUGCCUGUUUAUGUAUAUGCCACACCAGUGUUGAAGUUGCUAGGCCAAGAUGAAGAAAUAGCUGAUCUUGCUGGCACAUAUUCUAUACAAUUGAUUCCCCACAUGUUUUCCUUUGCUAUAGUUUUUCCCACCCUAAGAUUUCUUCAGGCCCAGAGCAAGGUUAAAGUGAUCAUGUGCAUAGCAUUUGUGGUUCUGCUCAUUCAAAAUGGCUUGCUUUACAUGUUCAUACAUGUGUUUGGUUGGGGUGUAACUGGUUUAGCCAUGGUGAGUGACAUCAUAGGGUGGCUCUAUGCUUUGGCUUUGGUUGUGUAUACCAUUGGAUGGAACAAGGAAGAAUGGAGUGGAUUUUCUUGGAUGGCAUUCAGGGAUUUAUGGGCAUUUUCUAAGUUAUGCCUUGCUUCAUCUGUCAUGAUUUGCUUAGAGCAAUGGUAUCUUACAUGCAUUAUGCUCCUUGUUGGUCUUCUACAGAAUCCUGUCAUUUCUGUUGCUUCCUAUUCUAUUUGCUUCAAUGUUCAGGGUUGGCACUUCACACUGCUCCUAGGAAUAAACACAGCCAUAAGUGUUCGUGUAUCCAACACGCUUGGCAUGUCACAUCCAAGAGCAGCGAAAUACUCUUUCUAUGUGGCAAUGUUCCAGUCUCUCCUCCUUGGUAUUCUUUUCAUGACACUUAUUUUCCUCACUAAAGAAGAUUUCGCCACCAUCUUUACUAGCAGUGAGGAUAUUAUACUAGCUGUCACCGAAUUAGCAUAUCUUCUUGGUAUAACAAUGCUUCUCAAUAGCAUAUCACAGGUCAUUUCAGGUCAAUAUUUACUCAGACUAAUAUCUCCAAGGUGUGGCCAUUGGAAGUGGAUGGCAAGUGAUGGUUGCUUACAUAAACAUGGCAUGUUAUUACAUUGUUGGACUCCCAAUUGGAAUUUUCCUUGGUUUCAAGCAGCAUUUAGGGGUCAAGGGUCUCUGGGGAGGCACAAUGUGCGGCAGUAUUCUGCAGAUUUUAGUCCUCUUGCUGAUUAUUUCGAAGACUAAUUGGACCAAAGAGGUGGAGCAAACAGCUCAUCGCAUGCGAACAUGGAACAUUGACAACUACCACUAAGAGGAUGUUACAUGAGAAAGGCUACGUAAUAAUAUGGCAUUUUCAACCCACUUUCACAAAAAAAAAAAUGUGGAAAAUUAAACACACAUAUAUUUUGUAGUUUAUUACAAAUUUGACAUAAUUAUGCAAUUUUUUAUGUGUUUAUGAGAAAAUUCAUUUAGGUUAUUAUAUCCAUGUAUUGAUACUAGAUCAAUAUAGGCUUAAUACCCUAUUUUGUCUCCAGUUUCACUCGACAAUGUCAAAUUAGUCCAUCCUUUAAAAAGUGCGUCAAUUACGUCCUUACUUAAUAAAAUUUAUAUGAAUGAAAUCUCUUCCGUUAAAUCCGUACAGACGGCGUUAAUAGAAGAGAGAGAAAAAUAAUUAACGUCGUUUGUACGGAUUUAACGGAAGGGAUUUCAUUGAUAUAAAUUUUAUUAAGUAAGGACGUAAUUGACGCACUUUUUAAAAGAUGGACUAAUUUGACAUUGUCGAAGGAAACUGGGGACAAAAUAGGGUAUUAAGCCAUCAAUAUAUA